GCAGAUUGCACUGUAAAAUGGAAAGCAAUUACAUGAGUGUAUCUCCUCCCAUUUGAACUUUGGAAACCCUCUGCCGUGGCGUUCCCAACAUGUGUAGUCAUUCUUUCUGUUCUACACCACUUCUUGCCUCUCAAACUGUGCUCUUCAGAAUCUGUAUUACAAGAGCAAUGCUGCUGUUAUGGAUAGGACUAUCUCUCACAUGGUCUGGCACAAUCGGGUUUACGAUCCACAGCAUGAAGGCAGGUCUGUGUCUAGAGGACUCGUCUGAAGGAGUUGUUGAGUUAAGGUCAUGCAGUCUGGACUCGGUCCUGCAGCAGUGGAAGUGGACAGAUGACUGGUUCCUGGUAAACACAGGCACCCUGAGGUGUCUUUCUGCCCUCCACACUGACACAGUCCAGACUAUCGCUUGUGAUUCUGGUGAACAUGUCAAAUGGCAGUGCAAAGCUCAACAGCUCAUCAGUCUGCAAAACUCUCUGGUAUUGAGCACUGAGAGAGGAAAACUCAGACUGAACGCGGGUCAACAUGACACCUGGACAUCUCUGGAUGCAGGUGACAUCUGCCAGAAUAAACUGAGAUCCAGAAGAGAAACUGACUUAGAGGCAGAUGAGUUUGACUUUGUUGAAGGGCCGCCUAAACCAGGAAUGACAGAGGCACAAAUGAAGUUUUUACAGUGGUAUUACCGCACAGAGGACCCAACAUCGUGGAAGUUUGGCAUGCUGGCAUUUGCGUCUCUGGGUAUUCUGAUUGGUGCGAUGCUGUUGGUCAUGGGCAUGAUGGCUAAUAGGAACAGGAAGCGAAUAGCCAAAUACAAAGCAGCCUCAAAAGCCACAGCGGUGGAACCUGAAAUGGAGGAACUGCAGGCCAUCGUCACUGAUAAGGUCACAGAGGUCAAGGAGGAGAAAAAACAUUUUACCCCAUCUGAACCAAUUACUACAUAUAACAGCCAUAGGGAACGGGAUUGGGAAGAUAGCAAAGCCUCCGAGGGACUGAAGCCCGGAGAAAUUGUGGUGACCUGGAAGGACGGGAAUGUGUCUACUCUGUAUCCUGAACCUGUGGAGGAAGGACAAGGGGAAGAGGACGUCCACAGCACAAACGCAGAGUCUCUGUCGCAAAACUCCCCCCAAGUAAUAGCUUCAUCUGAGACAACUGCAUUAUAAUUUAGUCCUACUGUUUGUGAUCAUUUUAACACUUUAUUCAAGAUGGCAUCGGAUUGGUUGAUAGACUAUUGUAGAGUCAACCCAGGACUGUAACCACACCCACGUGAUUCAAUUUAGCGGUCAAUCAAAAUAUAUAUAUUUUUUCAGUGGAAGUUUCUUUCACAUUGGCAGCCAAAAAUGUUUAAAUGUUUUGAAAGAAAUUAUAUAGUGAACAGUUAUUUUAAAUGCUUAUAAUAUUACUGCUGUACUGUAUUUUGUUUAAAUAAAUGGUGCGCAUUAGAGAUUUCUUUCAAAAACAUUAAAGGCAUUAAAAAAAACGUAAUUACUUUUUAGAAUAACUUAUAAUAACUGCCAGUGUAUAUUAUUACACUGGUUUUCCCUAAGCUAACAAAUAUGCUUAUAGCUUUGGGUCAACCAACCAUUUUUAUGAUUACAUAAUAUAUUUACACAUAUAUUCAUUUCACGUUUUGGAGUUGAUGUUUCAAAAGGUUAGUUUUAGAUUUUUUUUUUUUUAUAAAGAAAAAAAAUACUUUUUUUGUGUGCAGGAUAUAGUGUAUUGGAUAUAGUGCAUGAAAAUUGGUCAUGAACUACAUUUUUUUCUAAACCAUACAGUAAUAGUGUACCAUGCAAGCUUAUACGGAUUAAAUCAAAUAUUUAAUCUUUA